CAUGAUUCACCGGCGCAGGCGCUUUCGGAAAAAAACGUUUCUUCGUCAAUAUGUAGCAACUGCGCCGCUUGAAAGUGAGCCCACAAAUCGCAACUUUUACAUCCACUGACGGGUAAUUUAUCUGCCUGCCAUUUAAGGAUAGUGUAGGUUACAUGUAUUCUCCUAGUAUGCUAAAAUGGAUUAACGUUGCUGGGACAAUUUCAACGCCGAUGACCAUCAGUUGUGUGUUGUGGACACGAUAUUGAGUGUAACAGGACUGGAGCACAUUCCGAGAGUCUGGCCUUCGCCUACAGUAGGAAGAUUGGUGCCUUUUGUGGGCUGUGUUUCUUCCUCACCAGUGAUUCCUUAUGCUUGAUAGAAGCUGCACCCUGUGUCUUACAGGAUGGAUGGUGUGGACUUAAAGAGACUUGAGUAUCAACAUAAGCACUCUGUGUUCUGCUGUGGUGUUCUCUCUUUUAGCAUUUACAAGAGAACACCUUCCAUCCGGCACCUCCAAUCUUUGCAUUAUAUAUAUAUAUAGACCGUCUUUGAUUAAACAAAAAGUCAGCUGUAGAUAGAAGUUGUAAGACUUUCUAUCUUUUUUCUUCUUUUUAAAGCACAGAUUGAUACUGCUAAUAUAAGCCUAUAUGGCAGACAUGGAAGUCUCCUUAUUUUAAUUUUUCAGUUAGUGUACCCCCUUACGCUUAGUGUGGGUGGUGGGAUGUCGGAAAAGUCAGACGACAAAAUGGUGAAGUUCCUGGCUCCUCCUCAGAAGAGCGGAAAUGGCCCCAGUUCUGGUUCAGAUUCGAUGGUCAGUGAGUGCCGGCCGACAGAAGUGAGACGUCGGCAUCACACCAUGGAGCGUGAUCGAUGUAACCCUGAACAUCGUUUCUUGCGCCGAAGUGUCAUUAGUGAUUCUAAUGCUACAGCAUUGGCUCUCCCUUUACCCAGCAAGAUUCCCAUCCCUGCACCUCAACGGGUUCAGCAACGAGAAGUCGCCCCACAGCGGCAACUGUCUGCUCCUGCUGCUCGUUUGCCACGAGCGGAACCUUUAGCUCAAAAUCAAGAGUCUAUUGAUAGUGGAGGAGGAGGAGAACAAGGAAAAGAAAUAGCCAAGGUGGAUGUAGUGCCUUCAGAGCAGGAGCCUGCCAUUGUAAAAGAUACCUGUGAUGGGGAUGUGAUAGCAGCCCUCUCCGCACCAGGCUUAGGAACAUCAUUGCCAAGUCAAACAGAACCCGAAAGCACCACUGAAGUGAAGGUACAUCAUGAAGAAGAGGGGGAGGAAGAAGAUAAGGAGUCUGCCAAGGCACGAGCAGAGGCCGAGCAGAGAGAAGCAGAAAAAAAAGUGCAGGAUGACAUUGAAGAGGCUGAGACCAAAGCAGUGGGAACAUCACCAGAUGGGCGUUUCCUGAAGUUUGAUAUAGAAAUUGGACGUGGCUCCUUCAAGACUGUCUACAAAGGAUUGGACACCGAGACCACAGUUGAGGUGGCUUGGUGCGAACUGCAGGAUCGUAAACUGUCAAAAACCGAGCGGCAGCGCUUUAAGGAGGAAGCAGGGAUGUUAAAGGGACUACAGCAUCCCAACAUUGUCCGCUUUUACGACUCCUGGGAGGGACCUUCCAAAGGCAGGAAGUGCAUUGUUCUGGUCACUGAACUCAUGACUUCUGGCACACUCAAAACAUAUCUGAAACGGUUCAAAGUGAUGAAAAUUAAAGUUCUGCGAAGCUGGUGUAGACAAAUCCUCAAAGGACUCCACUUCCUUCAUACUCGGGCUCCCCCCAUCAUCCACAGGGACCUUAAGUGCGACAAUAUUUUCAUCACAGGCCCAACAGGAUCCGUCAAGAUUGGAGACUUGGGACUGGCCACACUCAAGCGAGCAUCUUUUGCCAAGAGUGUUAUAGGUACCCCUGAGUUCAUGGCGCCUGAGAUGUAUGAGGAGAAGUACGACGAGUCAGUGGAUGUGUAUGCCUUUGGAAUGUGCAUGCUGGAGAUGGCCACCUCAGAGUACCCUUACUCAGAGUGCCAGAAUGCUGCACAGAUCUACCGCAGAGUUACCAGCGGGGUGAAGCCAGGCAGCUUUGACAAGGUGGCCAUUCCUGAAGUGAAGGAAAUCAUCGAGGGAUGUAUUCGCCAGAACAAGGACGAGAGGUACUCGAUCAAGGACCUUCUGAACCAUGCCUUCUUCCAGGAGGACACAGGGGUACGUGUGGAGUUGGCAGAAGAAGACGAUGGAGAGAUAGAGGCUAUUAAGCUGUGGCUGCGAAUUGAGGAUGUCAAGAAACUCAAGGGGAAGUACAAAGACAACGAAGCUAUUGAGUUUUCUUUUGACCUCAACAAAGACGUCCCAGAGGACGUGGCUCAGGAAAUGGUUGAGUCUGGUUAUGUGUGCGAAGGUGACCACAAGACAAUUGCAAAGGCCAUAAAGGACAGGGUGUCUUUAAUCAGUCGCAAGAGAGCACUGCGGCAGCAGAUCCGAGAAGAUCCGGAGAAGAGAAGGCUAGAAGAAGAACAGCAGAGUCAGUUCCCUCCAGCACAGCAACCAGUCCAACAGCCAAGCAUGGAGGUGCCUCAGUCCCAGCCAGUGAUACAGUCGGCUCCUUAUGUCCCUCCACAACCAAGCCAACACAGCAUGCAUAUGUCUACCCAACCUGCAUCUCAGCAGAGCCUUCAGAGCUCUAUCUAUAACACUCCUCAACCAACCCAACUGACCGGCAUGGCACAAGGCAUUCCUUUUAUCCCUCAGUCAACUGGGCAAGUCCCAGUUCAGGGUCAAAGUGUGGCCACCAUUCAGCCAGAGUCCGAGGAGCCUGAGACUGACCAUCACCAACAACUACAGCACUCUGGAGGAGCCAAUCACAUGGGAGACAAACUACCAGUUUCCACCAGUCGUCCUGAGGUCCAGCCACCUCAGUCUGGAUUAUCCUACAGCUCCCCUCCCAGUCAGCACCUUCAGCUCCAAGUUUCACUCCCACAGACACAAAAUGACCAAACGCAGCAGUUGUCAGUGGUUCAACCCCAGAUGCAAGGUGUCCUGCCUAACGUUCCUGUUGCACCCAGCAGCCAGUCUGUUCCAGUGGCACCUGCACAGUACGGCGUUUACUACCAACCAACGCUUCCCCCUCAGAUUCCCACCCAGCAAGUGAUGAUACCCUCAUCCUCGCAGUCGUCUCCCCCCCAACAGCAGCAACAGCCAGAGAGCAGCAGCACUCUUCAGAUCUCCACUCUACCACAGGCGCAGACUGGAACUCAGCAGCUACAGGCCCCUGUGAGUGUUUCUCAGUCAGCACCAGCAGAGCCACCAGGAUCGUCUGUGCUGGUGCCAGCAUAUGGAGAAAGCUGCAUGUCAGAUGCAGCUUCAGGUCUUAGUGACGGCAAUGAUGGAAGCUCCACUUCAGGAGGUCGCCAUGAAGGGCGCUCAAUGAAACGUCACCAGCGUAGAUCUGUACGCAGCCGCUCCCGCCACGAGAAGACUGCUAAGGCCAAGCUCAAUGUUCUCAGUAUCUCCAAUGUGGGAGAUAGAGUUGCAGAAUGCCAGCUGGAAACGCAUAACAGGAAGAUGGUGACCUUCAAAUUUGACCUUGAUGGUGAUAAUCCUGAAGAGAUUGCACAGAUCAUGGUUGAGAGUGAAUUCAUCUUGGAAAGUGAACGGGAGUCCUUCAUCGAGCAGGUCCGUGAAGUCAUAGAAAUGGCUGAUGAGAAAGGAGACGGCUUGAAGGAAGGCUUUCCUCAGAUGAGUGAUCACCAACAACAGCCUGAGCUGUCUAUUCCCAUGCUGCCAGCCUUUCUCUCAGGCAUUUCCCCAAGCACUACAGCGCAGGUGGUGCAUUCAGCAGGACGAAGGUUCAUAGUCAGCCCAGUGCCAGAGUCUCGUCUUAAAGACCAGUUCUUUGGCGGUUCUUCUUUUAAUACCUCAUUUGGAGAUGAGCCAGCUUCUAUGCCACUCGGCCUUUCUCUGUCUGCUCCAUCUGGGACCCUCCAGCAAGCUUUAAGUAAAAUCAAGCAGGCGUGUGUAGAAAGAUGCAACACCAUUGAUCCCUCUGUGGCUGAACAAGAACCAGGCACUGUCCUGGCCACUGAGGCCGGACUCGGCCCAAACUCUAUCUUGGCUCCUCCGGAAGCCGUAGCUUCCCCUGCUAGCAUUACCUUUCCUGGCGUCACACCUACUGAAACAUCCUCACCACCUCCCUCAACUGGGAGGGUUUCCCCUCCACCUACAUCUACUCAAUCCCAAACUCCAGCGCCUGUCACCAGUAAUCCCAGUCCACCUCCUCAAUCAUCCCAUGAAACAGCCCCCUCACAGCUUCCACCAGUUGCCAACAUCCCAGCUACAGCUUCCACCAUUUCUUCCCCAUCAGUGCAGACCUCCGUCCCCGCAGUACCUGGGCCUCAGCUGAGCAGUAGUUCUGUCUCUGUAUCUUCAGUUGUUAGUGUGGCAUCCAGUAGUUCUGCCACUGUCCCUGCUUCAGAGCAGCAGCUUGUGAAUUCGUCCAUCCAUCCACCACAGCACACAACCCAGUCUCAGCCUGUCCCGAUUUCUGCUCAGCCCCCUCUUCCCACCCCGUUACCCAGCCAGAGCCAGAGCCAGCCACAGCCAGUGGAGUCAGAGGGGACGGAGCUCCCAAACAAGACUGCUGGCAGAGAUGACAUCCAGGCUCUAGAUAAGAAGCUACGAUCUCUCUUUAAAGAUCAGAGCUCUACUUCUGCAUCAGUGGAUCAGAACACAGGCACUUCUUCUCCUCCCACUGGAACUUCUUCUCCUCCACCCGGAACUGCCCUGGUGCCCCCAUUUAACCUUCCCCUCACUACCGGGGGGCAGGCUGUCCUGGGCCCCACAACCACCCCAGGACAGGGUGUUACCCCUGCAGGACAGACACCUCCAACUAAGCCCAGGGCACAGACGUUACCUAUUGGUUUUGAUCAAGCUGCUACACCUCCCUCUGAAGUUGUGCCCCCAUUUCCUGGACCAAAUCAGUCACAGCAACCCCUGGGUAAUUUGGACGCCCAGUUGAGGAGAGCUCUGAGCCCAGAGACGGUUCAGGGAGGUAAUGGGGACCAGCAUCCAGCAGCAGGUUUUACUCUUGGACGUUUCCAAGUGUCUGUUGCUACUGAUGGUUUGUCCAGCAGUGUUCCAGAUCCCUCGGGCAUCGUUUCCUCUUCUUCCCUCACGCCGUCUUCUACCUCUUCGUCUUCGUCUUCAUCUUCUUCUUCUUCCCCCUCAAGUCCAGAAAAUACCCUCCACCGGUCAUCCUCUUUGUCCAAAGCAGUUUGUGAGACUGACACUGUAAAUGGAGCCUCCUCUCUCUCUACUGAUCCUGCUUGUCAGCAGACCACUAUUGGGCGCUUCCAAGUGUCCACGAGCACCAACGCCACAUCUGGGCCAACCACUGGCUCUAAAGUGGGCCGCUUUUCUGUCACAGUGACCCCAGCUCCAGCAGCAGGCUCCAGUCCAACGCAUGGUUCCAGCAUGCAGAAUGGGCCCUCAUCCUCAACAUCUGAUCCCCAUAACGCACACACCCAUUACAGUAGUGACAAUGACGAUGACUCGGAGACUGAGGACCAGGCUCUGCAGAAAGAGAUCAGCCGUCUUAGAGAAAAACACAUGAUGGAGAUCCAGACUUUGCAGACUCGUCAGAAAGAUGAGAUCGAGUCCCUGUUCACGCGGAUGGGAAAACCUCCUCCUGCUACUGUCGUCUCCCCUGCUGUGGCAAUGGCUGGAGGUCGACGAAGGCUAAAAAGUAAAAGCCACAAAUCUGCUCGUAGUAGUGGACAACCCAGUCCCAAACACUCGGGAUCGCCAGCCUCAGUUCAGAGUCUUCAUGGUUCAGAGUCCCCUCCAAAGCAAAGUUCACCCUCAUCAACAGAGGCCUCAGAAACAGCAACAGAGGCAUCACAAGCCAUUAACAGGUCAUCCAUAAAGCAGCUUAGAUCGUCUCCAUCCAUGCCCAGCCUCAGCAAUUGCUCCACAGGAUCAAGUGGGACCAGCUCCGCAAACGGUUCAGGCCACUGCCAGAACCACUCUACUUCUUUGGCCCAGGCCUCUGGACCCGCUCCUCCUUCCUCCCACACACUGAAAGGCAAGGGCACCUUCACUGAUGACCUGCACCAACUGGUGGAUAACUGGGCCAGGGACGCCAUCAGCCUCUCCCAGUGCAAGAGAGGACCUAAAACUGGAGCACCAGCUCCGCUGGGACAUGAUGUUAUCCCUCCAGCCAACAUGGGACGUAAAUUCUCAGCUCCAGGCUUCCUCUGCCCAACACUUCCCACGCCUUCUAGCACCACAUCUACGACGUUGACUCAUCCCAACCCAGCCAAUCCCUCGGCCCCUUUGGGGCCUCGUAAAGGCUCUUUGGGUCCAGUUGCACAGGGGUUUGGAUACACCUCAGCCCCAUACAGUGCUCCUCAGUGGGCAGGACCCACAGCCACAUGCCAGGUCAGCAUGCUCAACCCCGCACAGCCAAUAACGCAGUACCAGCCGCCUACGACAGCCUCAGGCUACCACAUGGGAACCACACCAGCCACCCAGAGUUCAGUCAACCCCGGAGGGUCCAACCUGAAGCCUACGUAGCCCAGUUGUAGCCCUAGUCCACGCUGAGACGAAGGACCAAACAGGGCAGACAGUUGUUGAACGAGAACCACUAGCUCUCUUUGCAGUCGGCUGGUAAACUGGCUGGAUAUUGUGAUUUUUUUUUUUUUAUUUCAACUUUUAUUAUGUGUUUUUUUCUGUAAGAGUUGACCUGUGUGGUUCACAUCCUCUCAGGCAGAACAAAAUCUGUCUGGCAAUUGGAGGGAGAGUGCAAUACACAUCCACAGCACAAACGUCUCACACUUAGCCGGCCAUUGGCUGUGGAAUUGAGCUGUGGCGAGUCGGUUGGUCGUGUCUGGUGAUGUAAUGACCCAAAGGCGGUAACCAACAGCAGCCAAAGAUGUCUUUUGAGAGCAUAUGUUGCAAUGUCGUCAUUCCUUUGAAGAGGGGAAGGUAGGAGGGAUUUUGGUUCACAUCCUUACUAGUCCUGACUUUAAGCCCUGCUGGGACCGAAGACGAUUGAACUUACACCACAUAUACACACACAUGGGUGUUUGUGAAAAAACAUGAACCUGAUUAAGUGACUUGGGAUGGUGGUAAAGUAAUCUCAGAGAGUGGGGGGGCUGGGGGGUGGCAGUGCACAGAAAGUGGCAAAUAAGAGAGGGACGGUUAGUUUGGCCCGAGAUGGAUUAGCAAGGUGUGACUGUUUGAGUUCGGAGAAGAAAGACAUAGUAAGUUAGGCAGGAGUGUAAUGGAUAGGUUUGCAGUACGAAUACAUCCCAAUCGCUACCUAUUAAGUGUAAUGCAAUAAUGGCAAAGAGUAGAUAAACUGUCCCUUGUAACUGUGGCCUUAAUCCCCAAACACAUUUAAACAUUGACUGUACAUAGAUAUUUCUUCACUGGGUUAUGAUUCCAUGUUUUGCAUAUUUAUGUCCCUGUGAGUCUGGUGACAUUGUGAUUUGAGUUGUCCAUCCAUACAGAUUUAUUAUACAGAUUUAUUCUUCACUUCUGAUAUGUAAACCAGUGGCUCUGCCACAUAAAAAAGCAUUGUCCUGGUGUUGACCACCAUUCAGUGUGACAUUUAAGGGGUGAUGCUGCUGUAAAUCACAUUCUGUUUGAGGGUGUUUUUUGUUUGGUUUUUCAUUUUGUCUUGUUUUUUUCUCAAGAAUGAAAUGAUAAUAAUAAACCCAAAUUGACACAUGAAAUACUUUCAUUUAUUCAAAAUCUGCUUAUAUCAUAGAACAAUAAUUCUGUUUUAUUGAAAUAGUAUUUAUGGAAGGUGUCAGUCCCUUAGGGGAUGCCGCCUUGCCUCUUCUCCCAGUUGUUUACACGGACGGAGCACAGAUGAACAGGUUGUUAGUGAAGUCAUGGCACAUUAAAUAUCUCCGCUCAUGACAUUUAGCCGUCACCUCUCAAAUCGCAAGUGUUUGGGGUUCUUUCUUCCUGUGGUCUGUUUUUGUAUGCGUAUAUUUAAUAAAACAAAUGUUCUUUAUGGACCUGUAUUCAGCCAUCAGAUGUUGAUGUUUCACUGUAAUUAUUAAAGGUUGUUAAACAACAUGUAGUUUAAAGGAAUAUAAAAAGUGCAAUUGCAGGGUUGUUCACCACGCAGGAGUAAUCCUGUAGUUUAUUCAGCUUGUCUCUCUCUGACUGCCCUGCCCUCCUCCUUCUAUUUUAUUGUAUAUAUGUUAAUGUGAGGUAGAUGCUUUCACAUAAUGCUCCGUCACUAGAGUAUGCUUGUGGUGACCCACUCUGCACAUGCACUCUAACCUGUGAACAUGAGGAACACUUUAGUGCCUUGCAUCCUCACUAAUGACAAGUUCCAGAUCCAUCUAGUCCUGUAGCUGUGACUGUACUUCCGAAAACCAAUGAACUAAAACCUGAACAAGAUGUAGAUGCACAACAGGUGGCUGCAUAACCAUUGCACGGCCAGCUCAGCGUAGUAACUCAGAACCAUUAGACACCACACAGGACUGCAGAACAAAGAGCACACCGAGUGAUGUGGUGGUUCUGUUCUCGCUACACUUCUACUUGUGAUGGUUGUGUAAUCAGCUGUGUGUUUAUAUUGGGCUGUGAUUUUAUUUGGUUUCUGUGGAUUUAUAAUUAAACCGUUUCGUCAUUAUGAAUCCCCCUGCUUUGCUUAGCAAGACCCGCCCUCUGUUGAAUUCGAGCGCUGGGAUUGGCCAGACAUGCCCACAGAGUUCCUGGUCACCCAGUUUGUUCAGGUCCAAAGCCCCGACCAAUCGGCUAUCCAGAUCCAAACUACUCCCGGCCAAUGCCCACCUUAACUUAUCGUCUCUGCCUCAACCAGCUAUGCAGUGGGAUUCAUAAUUACGCUUCAUAGCUGCACUUGUCCAGGCAGCGAGUGAGCUGUAUAAAGGUUUAAUCGUCAUGCUGGCUAAACUUUUGUUUCACCGCCUCACGAGUUUCAUGCUGUCAUUGUGACUUUCGGCUGCUCGUAGAUUGGAUGAAUAGUUAAAGUUCUCUAGAGAAAAAAAUAAGUUACUGCAAUGCAGAAUAUGCAAUGUUUAAAGGGACUGAGGGGGUAAUUGAAACAUUUGCAUGCUGAUGAGGGUUGUUACCGACUUCAAUGUUUUUGAUAUUGGAAUAUUAGAUCUUUAAUAAUUUUUUGUAUUAUUCUUUGCCUUCCUGAGAGUGAUCAUAAAGUGUUGAUCUGUUCACUUGACAUUCACCAAUAUCACAACUUCAAUAUCAAACUAUCAGCAUAUAAUUUCUGCAUGCCAGCUUCACAGGUGUUUAAUCUUUCGAAUGGCUACUGUACAGCACAAGGUCACAGCUCUUUACGGUCCAUUUGCUUCUAGCCACCAUCAGUAAUGAUCAGACCUCCACAGGACGCUUUGAGGCUACUGACAGUCGGAUCUGUCGAGCUCUUAUUUCUGAUCCCUCCUUACUGACCUGUGAUUCAGUGUCUGUUUUGUGUAUGUUUUUCACAUUGUACAAAAUGUAAAAACAAAUAAAAAUAAUAUCAAUUAAA